AUGGUCUCCAACACGCUGUUUAUGCUUUAUGCUGGCCUUAUGUUAUUGGGUGGUGUACGAGCUGAAAAAGCCGAAACUGAUAAAGAAGCACGCUGGCACCGAUUUGCUAGAUCUCCCGUAUCAAAAGUUGUUAGGCCAAUUGGUAUUGUAUCAGACAGCACAAUUGGGAAUGUUUCCAACCCCAAUGGCCUGAUUGACCGGCGAAGCCCAACAGUGUUGAGUCGAAGCAAUGAAGAUGAUCUGUUGCCGACAGUAGUGGUGGAUUUUGGGCAAAACAUGGUCGGUAUCUUGAGCAUCGAAUUUAGCGGAUCACAGAACACAUCUAUUGGGCUGCCAGGAUUGAGAUUGGCUUUUUCUGAGACGAUGGAGUAUCUCACAAACCGGAGUGACUUUACACGGUCUGACAACGCUAGUGGGGAUGAGAAAUUGACCAAUGGAACAGAUCAGGUAGCUGUCAAGGAUACAAAUUACAUCUGGACAGACUUGCAUGGGUGUGAAGAUAGCACAAAGGUUUGCUCAGAUGGGCUCCACGGCUUCCGUUAUGUGAAAAUACGGCUCGAAGCCAUUGCAUCAGACGCCCCAUAUACAUCCUCGUUUGGCUCCGUUUCUAUUUCGGGUUUGAGCCUCGAAUGGUCCGCCUAUCUGGGAUCACCAGAUACCUUCACCGGGUGGUUUGAAUGUUCAGAUGAUGAGCUCACUCAAUGGUGGUAUGAUGGAGUAUAUACAGUGGAUAUGGGCACAGAUGUGUUUCUUGCAAACGAAACAGAGCCUAGAGGUGCCUCUAGUCCAACCUUGGAGGGGAAACAAGUACUUUUUGACGGAGCUAAGCGAGAUAGAGACCCAUAUGUUGGUGACUUGGCUGUUGCAGCACUGACUUCAUAUCUGUCUCACGAUUUUGCCGAGUCGACACGAAAUGUUUUGGAGGACUUGGCGCUUCAUCAGCGAGAUGAUGGAUGGAUCCCCCCUGCAAGCAUCAUUGAUCUCGUUAUGUACACUGGCAACACCUCGUAUGCAGAGACAUAUUGGGACACGCUCAUUCGCGUCCUUGACGAAUACUACCCCUCGAAUACGAAUAAUGCAACAGGACUUUUGGACAAAACUGCCGAUAUGGGCUACGGCGACUACGCAUUUCUGCCUCGAUCAGGACCGGUAACCUACUACAAUGCCCUGUACGUUCACGCUUUGUCAUAUGCCUCGCAGCUAGCUGAAAGCCUUGGCCGUGAUGACGAUGCCUCAAGAUGGUCUUCCAGAGCCGCUGCCGUUGGGAAUGCGCUAAUGAGUAGGAAUUUUGACGGGAGUGUCGGUGCGUUUUAUGAUGGCGGGCCAUGUCCUGGAGGUGGAACAGGCACCCUCUGCAACGUCCAUGCACAAGAUGGAAAUGCCAUUGCUAUUCUGGCGGGCGUGACCGAUGACAAAACGUCGGCUGAGAUACUCGACUAUUGGCAAAACGCAACUUCUCAAGCAUACGGAAACGCGUUUUAUGAUAGUAGCGUGUUGAGCCCCGGAGAUCAGUUCAACUAUCGUGUCUACGCCUUCAUCUCUUAUUUUGAGAUUGCAGCUCGCUUUGCCACCCCUGGGAAGGCUUCGUCUGCCUUUGAUGAGAUUCGAAGGUUGUAUGGAUGGAUGGCUACUCAUGAUCCACGCAUCACCAUGUGGGAGGGUAUCGGACCAAACGGCACUGCUUAUGAGGGUGCCUUUACGUCCAUGGCACACGGCUGGUCAACAGGAAUCGUGCCUUUGCUGACUAGCUAUGUACUUGGAGUGAAGCCCCAAACGCCGGGUUUCCAGACAUGGCAGAUAUGCCCCGUGGUAGAUGGCGGAGGGCUGACAUGGGCCAGAGGAGAGGUGCCCACUCCAGGGGGCAAGAUUGGAGUCUCCUGGGAGAGGAAGGAUGCGCAAUCCGGUUUAAUGUUUGUGCUGGAGACUGAGACAUUAGAAGGGUCUUCUGGGAUAGUGUGUGUUCCCACUUUGGGUUUGGAAGAUCCGAAGAUAUAUAUGGAUGGAAUGCCAGUUACACUGUCCAGAGACCGGAUUGCAGGGUGGAUGAGCGUCAAUGUUUCUGGAGGCAAGCACACCUUUACGGUUGAAUCUUGA